AAAAAUAACAGCUUGGAAAGCUAAAUUAAUAUUUUUCAUAUAAAAUCAACUGGUAUAUUUAUAAGGCCAAAAAAACAAAAAUACUCUCUGGUAUUUGUUUACCCAGCUGAUAUACAUGUAAGGAACUUGAUUUGAUUAUUAGUCAAGGGAAGGGUAAAAAGAAGAAAGCUUGUUGGAAAUAAACGUAUUCGAGAAAUCGAAUUUUAUCCAACCUUUAACAAGAAGUUCAUCAGCUGCCAAAUAUUUUGUUCCUUCAUUAGUGUUCAGUAAUCGUUUCUUUUCCAGAUCCACUAUUAUGUCAUCAAAAAGUUCUGUGACAGUUGCUGUUUGUCAAAUGACUUCUACUGCUGACCGAAAAAAGAAUUUUGAGACUUGCAGAGAUUUUAUUAACAGAGCUGCUUCCCAUAAUGCCAAAAUGGUGUUUCUUCCUGAAAAUUUUGAUCACAUUGGUGAAAAUAGAACUCAAGCAUUUGAAUUAGGAGAACCUUUAAAUGGUCCAUUAAUAUCUGAAUAUAAAAAACUGGCUGUUGAACAUUCACUUUGGCUUUCAUUAGGAGGGUUCCAUGAAAAAGAUCUAGAGAAAGAUAAACACAGAGUUUACAAUUCUCAUGUUAUCAUCAAUCCUAGUGGUGAAAUAGAAUCUGUUUAUCGCAAGCUUCAUAUGUUUGAUAUAGAUAUUCCUGGUACUGUUCGUUUAAAAGAAACAGAAUUCGCCAUUCCUGGUCCGGAAAUCUGUCCACCAGUCAAUACCUCUGUAGGAAAAAUUGGGCUUGGUAUUUGUUAUGAUCUGCGAUUCCCAGAAUUUUCUUUGUCCCUUACUAAAGCUGGAGCUGAAAUACUUACUUAUCCAUCUGCCUUCACUCAACCUACAGGCAUGGCUCACUGGGAGUCUCUUCUUAGAUGUCGGGCAAUAGAGUGCCAGUGUUAUGUAAUUGCAGCUGCCCAAACCGGAAAACAUAAUCCUAAAAGAUCAUCUUACGGUCAUGCAAUGGUAGUUGAUCCAUGGGGUUGUGUUAUUGCUUGUUGUAGUGAAGGAGCAGGAAUUAUUUUUGCAGAUAUUAAUUUGGAUUACAUUAAAAAAAUUAGAUCAGAGAUGCCAGUUUGGGAACACAGACGCAGUGAACUGUAUGGAACUAUCGUUGCACCAAAGAGCAGCCCAGAUACUGAGACAACUUAUAUGUUUGCCACUAAUCAAUUGAAUCCCUGCUGUAUUUUCUAUAAAACACAAUACUCUAUGGCUUUUGUAAAUAGAAAAUGUGUUGUACCAGGACAUGUUUUAGUUACACCAAUCCGAUGUGUUAAACGUCUGGCUGAUUUGAGUCCAAAUGAAGUAGCUGAUUUGUUUUUAUGUGUACAAACUGUACAAAGGAAGAUUGAAGAAGCAUACAAUGCUUCAUCAUCUAGUGUAGCUAUUCAAGAUGGCCCAGAAGCCGGACAAACUGUUCCUCAUCUACAUGUGCAUAUUCUACCUAGAAAAUCGGGAGACUUUAAAAGAAAUGAUGAAAUAUAUGAAAAGUUGGAAAGUCAUGAUAAAGGGAAAGAUAUAGAAUGGAGGUCUCAAGAAGAUAUGUUAGAAGAAGCAACUGAAUUAAAAAAAUAUUUUUGAGAAAAAAAAAUAAUUGUAGAAUAAAAAUAUUUGAUACACA